AUGGAGGAAGAACUACGAGCACUCUAUGAGAAACUUUCCCUUACUGCAGAGGAAUCGGCAGGAGUAGUGGUGGAAACAGAACGGCUUGAAGAUGUUAGAGUUCGGGGUGAGAAAUCCCUGAUGGUCAGGCUGCUUACGGAGCGAUACUUCAAUCGGGAGGCCUUCAAGCAGACAAUGCGCCGGGUGUGGAGACCGACGAAGAACAUUAAGUUCCGUGACCUAACUCAGGGAUUGAUGCUGGUGGAGUUCGAUGAACCUAGAGACAAGGUACGAGUUCUACACGAUGGUCCAUGGACUUUCAACAAACAGUUGGUGCUUACUAAGGAAUUCGAGGGCCAUCUACAGGCGCAUGAAGUUUCUAUGACAACGGCAGAUUUUUGGGUAAGAAUCCAUGAUUUACCAAUGAUCGCAUGCAAUGAAUACGUGGGCAAACUAAUUGGGGAUACGCUAGGCAAGGUUAUUGAGGUGGAUGUAGAUUAUGACGACCUUGCAUGGGGGGAGUACAUGCGGGUUCGGUUAGCGCUUGAUAUCACGAAGCCUCUGCUACGGAGGAAGAGGAUAAGCCUGGGUGACCACCGAGAGUACUGGGUUAGAUUCACCUACGAGAGGCUGCCGGAUUUUUGUUACCAAUGUGGGAGGCUGGGACACUCCCACAAGGAGUGUGAUAGCUGGAAAAUCCGAAGCACAGAUCCCAAAGAGGAGAGCCUUCCCUAUGGACAAUGGCUGAGGGCGGCUCAGUCAACUGGCGGGGGAUUCAACAACCCAAAGUACGGGCAGAAAGAUAGUAACGCGGGGAAGCACCCUGCCCCGAGCACGGAGGCUCCAUCUAUGGGACAGACUCAGGCCUCGCAGGACGCACGACCGGAGGACUCGAGUAUCCGAGAACAGGGGAACGAAAUAAUAGAGCCAGCACAGCUUUUUAACGUCCCCAUCUUCGAACAACAAUUGGGAGAUAACCAGAGGAAUGGGGGGAUAUCGAAUGAUGAUGGCCUGAGUAACCAAGCACAACCCGAGGAAGACGGUGCUGCCAAUGGCUCGGAUGAGGCCGCAUCCAACGAUCAGGAAAUCUCCCCAAGGGCCGGGGCCUCGAACCCACACCCUCACGGGUUUCCACUGGACCUCGUGAUGGCCACACUAGAGCCCACUCCCAAUGGGCUCUCUCGGCCCAAACGAAGAAAGCGAGGUAGGAACCGGACGGGGACCGCUGGGUCUGCACCAGAAGAGACAUCCACCAUCAAAGCUGGUCGAAAACGGUCAGCUCCAACCUGUGAUGAUGAUGAUACGCGUAAGGCAAAGAGGACCUCUACGAGCUUACCUGAGGGUUUGCUGGAGGCUGGAGAGUACAACGGAUCGGUGGUGGCUGCGGGGCAGCCCCGCCGGGUCCAAUGA